GACAUAGAGAGGGAGGGGAGGAGGAGAAGAAAGGGGAGCAGCUCUUCUGCGUUGUGGAGCUUCAGUCGAGCGUUGCGCUGUGGCAGGGAGCAGUGGCAGCAGCGGUGGGCACUGGGAGAGGAGGAGGCGGAGGAGUCGCUCGGAGAGGCACCCAGAGACCCGGCACAGUGAUGCGGCCCCGGUCCCGACUGCUGGCGAAGCGAGGCCUGCCCACCAUCCGGGAGGGCUAUGAGGAGCUGGUGCAGGAUCUGAACCAGACCAACAGCCAGCACACCAGCACGCAGGACUACUUCCACUCCAUCUGCCAGCUGGCACGGCCCACCUUUCCCCUGCGCGAGCCCGACUGCGACAUCCUGUCCAUCGGUACGCUGGACUCGCCCAAGCCCUGCCUGCGCCCACCCCGCCUGCGCCAGCCCCUGCGGCUCCCUCCGCCCCCCGCCGCCGCCUCCGCCGGCAACCCCGUCGCCCAGCCACCCGGCGGCGAGGAGGAGGAGCCGGCCGGCCCCGCCUCCCGCGAGUCAUCACCAGCCCAGGGCCCGGAGCAGGGCGGGGCGGAGGGCCCCGGCUCCGCCGACCCGCUUGAGUACCUCUAUGGCCACAGGGCCCCCGCCGCCAGGAGGGGGAGCAUCCCGCCCCCGCGCAGGGCGCGCAGCGACAGCUUUCCCCGCCUGGGCUCUGCCCCCGAUGCCCAACGCAAGGGCAGCUGCCCCGAGCUCCGCCUGGCUGAGCCCGGGCUGCCUCCAGCCAUCGUGCUGCAGCGCUCGCCCCUUAGCCGGAAGAAGCUGGAGGACGGCCCCGCCGCUGUCCGCGGCGGCAAGCUCGAUGGCGCCCCCGCUGGGUGGAGGGGGAGGAGCGGCCGCUGCAUGGAUAAACAGACCAUGGUGUCGCACUGGAUCGCCGAGUGUCGGAGCGCGUGGAGAGAGGCGCGGAUCCGUGCCUGCAUGCUGCCCGCCAUCGCCGAGAAGUGAUCCCUCUCUGCCGAAGCGCACGACCGCCUGACGUCAAAAGCAUUCAUCAGUACAGGGAGAAACGUCAAAUAAAGGAAUUAUGACUUCACAGUCCAGGUUUAUAUGCAUAUACAUUUUUAGAUGUAAACUAAGCAAAAGUGACCCUAUAGAUGGUGACGUAUUAAUGUCACACCAUAGUGUAGAGUUACAGUGAAUGUCAAAGAUUAAACUGAUCAGUGUCAGUCAUGUCCAAUUGUGAUCAAUAAUUGUAUUGAUUGUUGGAUGCCUGUAACAUUGUUUGGUGAAAAAAAACAGAAUUUCAUCAUCAAAACUGCAGUACUAAUAUAGAUUGCUCUUUAGAAGAUGUCCAAGGUCAGGACAAUGCACAAACUAACAGAUGAGUAUCACUGUGUGUUUAUUACUAGAUUUAUUUGCAUUUUUAUGUCCUAUUUUUACAGGUUUGCAUAUGCGGCAUCUAUGGCAAAGCAAAACGUUAAAUUCCAUGCUUCCAAAAAAAUCACAAAAUAUUUAUUAGAAAACGGCUCCCGUUUGUGAACCAUUAGAAUGAAGAAUCUUACUAAAAUGAAACAAAAAGUAAAGUUAAAAGGUUCUAAAGGAUUAAUAUAGUAUGUUGUACUUACCCUUUUCAUUUUGUUCAAUGUCGUAUGUCUCGAGCGACUGCACAUAUCGGAGAGACUGCCUCCAGGUGUAUAUUUACUGAUUAUAUGAUUUCCCUAAGAGAUCCUUUAUAUCCAUUUUAAAGAAGAGCCAACUGCUGAAAUCACGACGUACCAAAGGAAGUGGUUCAGAUUCAAUUUGACAGCACUAAGCCUCACUAAGCAGGUCAACGCCAUCCGCUGCCUCCAGCUGAAAAUUGGCUGUAAUAAUGUUAAUGAAAGUCAUUCUAUUCAGGCAUGAACUCAUGUAAAUAGAUCAGAUAAAAGGAGCUGUGUGCCAUCUUGUAAGCAUGAGCUCCAGAUUUUGGGAGCGUUGUUUGUCUAUAUGGGAGAGGAAAAGUAAUGACUAUAAAUCAUGUUACUUUAAAAUGAACCAUUUGAGCAUUUUCAAAACCUUUUUCACACUGAGACGCAUAUAUGUGACCUAAAAAAAUCCAAUUUAAGUCUGCGCUGUAAUCCUCAUAUGACCCUCACUGGCCCGGAGACCUUUCCAGCAUUAAUUUGAUAUUUCAGUAUUUGCAGGUAAUUUAACUCUUUAAUUAUGGACGUUGGAGGAAAGUAAUUGCAUGACUUUGUAAAUAAUUUUCUAUUUAAUUUCUUUAAAUUAUUAUUAUUGAUGACAGUGAUCUGGGUGAAAAUUGAUAUUAUAUUGGGAAAUAUAACAUGUUAUUUGUAAAGUCAUUGACAUUGUGUUCCUCAGAUUUUUUUCCACUUUUUUAAAUGAAUAAAAUAUCUGUGUUUUAUGUUA